AUGACGAUGGUAAUGGAAAACCAGAACCGCCCAUAUGGCGGCAUGAGCUUCGACAAUGUCUACCACCACAACCCACCACAAUUCACCGAUCCCUGGGCUGCUGCUCACACUACUUCACACUCCACACCCCCAGUCUACGCGACUUCAAUGGGUAACGGCGCCAGCAUCCCCAUUAACACCGUCAAGCAAGACGAAGUCGGCCGUUCCGCCGCCAUGUCCAUGCCCUACCCCAGUAUCCCCGUCUCAGCUCCUUCACUCGUCCCUGCCAGCAACUACACCACCGCUGGUUAUGGCACAGAAGUCAUGGGUAUGCAACAUGAGGUCCCACGUACUGGUUUCGAGCAGACCCCCACAUACACUACCGCCCCUCCCAUGAACAACUUCGCCCCGGCUAGCUAUGCGCCAGGCACCUACGCCCCAAUUCACCCCUCCCAGCCUCAAGAUGUUCGUCGCAUUUCGCAUUCUGACCGUGUGGGAUCCUCUCAAGCACCCGCGCCCACUCCCACUUUUGGCGAUGCACUUGAUGCAAGCCGCGGAAUGGUGGCGCUCAGCCAGGACUUGACUCCCCGUAACGUCUACGGUCCUCGCGGGGCUCGCAACUCUGCUGAUUCCUACGGCUUCCCCUCCACUCACUCCUCCGCUUCCUCCAUCUCCUCGGGCGGCAACUACCCUUACUACAGCGCCUCUGUUGGCUCUGUGGAUUCGUCAGUGACGGACUAUAGCUCGACUACUUCCGAGUCGUAUGAGUCGCGCACGCUUCCCCGGCCUACGAGCCUUUUGGCUGGUAGUGCACCUCCUGGCCCGCAGUCCAUGAUGAGCCAGUUUAGCUCGAAGAUGCCUUCCAACACCCAGAAGAAGCACAAGUGCAAGGUCUGCGAUAAGCGCUUCACUCGUCCCUCUUCCCUUCAAACGCACAUGUACAGCCACACUGGCGAGAAGCCAUUCGCGUGCGAUGUGGAGGGCUGUGGACGACACUUCUCAGUAGUUUCCAACCUGCGCCGACACAAGAAGGUGCACAAGGGCGAGAAGGAAGGCGGCUCCCCCGACGAGGACGAGUAA